GAGAGAGAGAGAGAUGGCUACCCUUAGAGUGCCUAACCCAGUUCCUUCUCCAACUGAUGAUGCUGAAAAUCUAAGGAAGGCCUGUCAAGGGUGGGGAACAGAUGAGAAUGCAAUAAUUUCAAUACUGGGUCACAGAGACUCAGCUCAAAGGAAGCGGAUUAGGAUAGCUUACGAAGAGCUUUAUCAGGAGGAUCUCAUCCAGCGACUUGAGUCUGAACUCUCUGGUGAUUUUGAGAAUGCGGUGUACCGGUGGACAUUGGAUCCACCUGACCGAGAUGCCGUCAUAAGUAGUGCUGCACUGAACAAGUUGAUCCCCGACAUUCGUGCGAUCAUAGAAAUAGCAUGCGUCCGGACCCCAUCUGAGCUUUUGGCAGUGAAGCAGGCCUACCACUUACGCUUCAAGCGUUCGUUGGAAGAAGAUGUUGCGUCAAACACCACAGGCAACUUCCGUAAGCUUUUGGUAGCUCUAGUGGGCACGUAUAGGUAUGGUGGCGAUGAGAUUAACACAAGCCUAGCGCUUCAAGAGGCGAACAUUCUUCAUGAUGCCAUCCAAGAAAAGGCAUUUGAUCAUGAAGAGAUCAUAAGAAUCUUGAGUACAAGGAGCAAGGUGCAGCUUCAUGCGACAUUUAACUGUUACAAAGAUGAGUAUGGAACUUCUAUCACUAAGGGAUUGUUGGGUGAUCCAUUGGAUGAAUUCUUAUCGGCCUUGCGGACCACCGUCCGGUGCAUUAAUUCCCCUCACAAGUAUUUCGAAAAAGUGCUAAGGAAUGCAAUCAACAAUCUAGGAACUGAUGAGGAUGCACUCACACGUGUGAUCAUCAUGCAUGCCGAGAAGGACUUGAAGGAGAUAAUGGAGGUGUAUCACAAGAGAAACAAUGUAGCUCUUAGCCAUGCAGUUGCUAAUGACACCUCAGGAGACUAUAAGAACUUUCUCCUUACUCUACUAGGAGAAUAAAAUGUUUUAGCUCUCAUCCUGCCUACUGACUGAGGAGAAUUUAGCUUCUAAUUUUUAAUAAUUUUUCUUUUAUGUUCCUAAGUUUAUGUGUGGUGUGGACCAUAUUCCCUCAUUUGAUGGUGAUUGUGGGGCUAGUACUUAAUUACCUUUUAAGUUAUUGGAAUUUGGUUGAUGCUUUUCUAUGAAAG